AGCCCCACAUAGAGCCCCUUUUUGCAGGGGGUGUUGUUUGUUUGUUCAUUGGUCUUGGAUCUUUUUGAGGGCAUGCUCUCCCUGUCCAAUCAGAUCCUCUGAGGUGUUCUCUUUUGGCUCAUUCUUGAUACUCCACCCCCCUUUUUUUUUAAUUUCUUUUUCUUUCUUCCAAGAAUUAAUAAGCAAACCAGUCAAUGGGCAGUCUUGGAAAGGAAAGUUGUGACCCUUUUAAUGGGGGGCUCUGGAGGUUGUUGAAGUAAGUAAAGGAAGAGUCUUUACGGUAUGGGUUCUCAUGGAGGGAAUGCCACGCUUGUUGAGGAGAUGAGACUGUUGAGGGAAAUGCAGGAUCACAAUGGGGUGAAGAGGAAGAAGAAGCACUUGAUGAAUUCAGAGCUAUGGCAUGCAUGUGCUGGCCCUUUGGCUGCUUUGCCUCAGGUUGGGAGCCUUGUAUAUUACUUCCCACAAGGCCACAGUGAGCAGGUUGCAGCUUCCACUAAUAGAACAGCAACUUCACAAAUCCCUAAUUACCCAAACCUCCCAUCUCAGUUGCUGUGUCAAGUUCACAAUGUCACACUCCAUGCUGAUAAAGAAACAGAUGAGAUCUAUGCACAGAUGAGCCUCCAACCUGUGAACUCUGAAAAGGAUGUAUUCCCAAUUCCUGAUUUUUGUUUGAAACCAAGUCAGCACCCCACCGAGUUCUUCUGCAAAACACUUACUGCUAGUGAUACAAGCACGCAUGGCGGUUUCUCUGUCCCAAGAAGAGCAGCUGAGAAACUGUUUCCUCCAUUGGAUUACUCAAUGCAACCUCCAACUCAAGAGCUUGUUGUCCGAGACCUGCAUGAUAAUAUGUGGACUUUUCGUCAUAUUUACCGCGGACAGCCCAAAAGGCAUCUUCUUACCACUGGUUGGAGCAUGUUUAUUGGCGCAAAGCGGCUUAGAGCUGGUGACUCUGUUCUGUUUAUCAGGGAUGAGAAAUCUCAGCUAUUGGUGGGAGUGAGGCGCGCUAAUCGUCAGCAAACGACAUUGCCAUCAUCAGUUCUGUCUGCAGAUAGCAUGCACAUUGGUGUUCUUGCAGCUGCCGCCCAUGCCGCUUCCAACAGAAGCCCUUUCACAGUCUUCUACAAUCCUAGGGCCUGCCCUUCAAAUUUUGUUAUACCAUUGGCCAAAUACCGGAAGUCCUUGUACGGAACACACUUAUCUACUGGUAUGAGGUUUGGGAUGAUGUUUGAAACUGAGGAAUCUGGAAAGCGCAGAUAUAUGGGCACAAUUAUAGGUUUAAGUGAUUUAGACCCUUUGAGAUGGGCUGGUUCCAAGUGGCGUUGCCUUCAGGUGGAGUGGGACGAGCCAGGAUCGGCAAAUAAACAGAAUAGGGUGAGUCCUUGGGAUGUAGAGACACCCGAAAGUAUCUUCAUUUUCCCUUCCCUAACAUCUGGUCUCAAACGACCUCUUCAGCCUGCUUUUCUGGGUGGGACACAAACUGAAUGGGACACUUUGGUUAAUCGCCCUUUUAUCCGUAGUUCUGAAAACAUGUUUGGGGAUACUCAGAGUUCGCUGUUCUCAAACACGUGGUCUGAUCAAGUAGUGAAAGUUGUACAAAGGCCCCAAGAAACCACUGCUCAAGAAGACACUACUACUACUACCAUGAAGCAGAAACCCAAGGAGGUAAAUAGUAUGGAAGAUACAUCAUCCAUACAGAGUGAAUGUAAAACCACUAAAGUCAAUGAACAGAAACAUCCUGCUUUGCUUCAAUGUGAAGUGACCAAAUCAGAAACUAUGGUGAUCACACCAGAUCAGUUGAGUCACUUUCAGUCUCUUGGGCAAUGCAAUGAAGAAAGAUUGCCACCUUUAGCUCCCAAUGAUCAAGGAGGAGGAAGUCCAUGGGCCCUACCGCCACAGUUUGAUUCACAAAUUCCUCAGAUCGAUCCGGUUUGCUUUCUUCAAUGCCCUGGAGAUGAUAAUAAUAAUAGGGAAUGGAAUUCGUAUAUGCCGCCCCCUGGUCAAGAACUGUGUUGGGAUACUCAGCUGACUGAAUACAGCUGCCUUAAUUUUGACGGCAGUAACAGUGGGAGCGCAGUGAUUGACCCUUCCGUUUCGAGUGCUGUUUUGGAUGAACUCUGCACCUUGAGAAAUGGUGAGUUCCAAAACCCAGUUGAGUAUCUGGUGGGAAACUUCAGCACAAGUCAGGAUGUGCAAUCCCAGGUUACUUCAGCAAGUCUAGCAGCAGAUUCUCAGAACUUUUCUAUUCAAGACUUUGCUGAUCACUCAGGUGGUGCCUCUUCAAGCAAUGUUGAGUUUGAUGAAAGUGGUCUUUUGCAAAACAGGUCAUCUUCUUCAUGGAAGCAAGUGGGACCCCCUCCCCCACGCGUUCGCACAUACACCAAGAUUCAAAAGGCAGGAUCAGUUGGAAGAUCAAUCGAUGUCUCCAGUUUCCACAACUAUUACGAACUGCGUUUGGAAAUCGAAAGGAUGUUUGGUCUGGAGGGGCUGCUAAAUGACUCUAAAGGCCCCUCUGACUGGAAAUUGGUCUAUGUGGACUAUGAGAAUGACGUUCUUCUCGUUGGAGAUGACCCCUGGGAGGAAUUUGUGGGUUGUGUGCGAUGCAUAAGAAUACUUUCACCGUCUGAAGUUCAGCAGAUGGGCGAGGAAGGGAUGCAACUUCUUAGCGCCAACAACAACGCAAUGCUGCAACGAGGAGAAGCUCUUCAUGUCUCUUCACUCUGAUCCUUUUGUUUAGGUUCCUAAAUCUGUUCAAUAUUACCUAUCAAACAAAAAGAAGAAAAAAAUCAAAGAUCAAGUUCUCACUUUUUUCUCCUCCUCACUUAGUUUGAACCAUUGUUGGAAUUGUCUUUUAGCUGUCAAAUUUGUAGCUUUUUUUGGCCAAUGCCAAAUCUUUUGUAAGAAUCAUUAUCCAUUUCAAAGAAUUCAAGAGGAGGCAUUUUACUGUGU